AUGCUUCUAUCUCUUGUGUUCCUCGCUACCGCCGCAGCGGCCAUACCCUCUCCACCGGCCUACGACUAUGGCUUCGAAGCGGCCAAAGUGGUCAAGCGCCAGACACAGGAUCCAAUCAUUGUCACCAAGCUGCCUUCCAUAAACGGAACUAUUCCUAACCGCCCCGACAUCAGAGAGUUGAAGGAGAACCCCUUCAAGUGGAAUCUCUUCCUCCUUGCUUCAAGCAUGUUUCAGUUUACGAAUCAAAGCGAACAGCUAUCGUGGUAUCAGAUCGCAGGUAUUCACGGCGUUCCUUUCGUCCCCUGGAACGGCGUGCCCGGCGUACCGGGAGGCGAAGAAAGGGGCUACUGCACCCACAUGUCCAUUCUCUUCCCAUCGUGGCAUCGCGUAUAUCUUGCUUUGUACGAGAUGAUUGCCUCGUGGUUCCCAGACCCCACGGAACGAGCUUACUACCAAGCCGCUGCGAUAGACUUCCGAAUCCCAUACUGGGACUGGGCUACUACACCGCCGCUCGGAGAAAGCGUCUACUUGUCUGAAUUCGAGCAGCCUGCAAUUCAAGUGUAUGGCCCUAACGGAUGGCAGACCAUUGCCAACCCAUUAUACAGCUACAAGUUCCGGCCGCUGGACCCGCAGGUGUUUUCCCAAGGCGAUACGCAGUACGACUCAGUGGAGGCCUUGCACGAUGCAAUGCACGUGUUGGUGGGCGACCGCGGCCAUCUGUAUUACAUUCAGUAUUCGGCAUUCGAUCCGGUGUUCUUCUUGCACCAUGCCAUGGUGGAACGAAUAGUCGCCAUGUGGCAAGUUCUGUAUCCUACCGCCUGGGUCACUUCUCAAGCCGCAAUGGAGCCUUCCUUUACCAUGUCGUCAGGGACCGUUCAAAACUGGCUCACGGAACUCAAGCCAUUCUAUGCGGACGCCAAUGGCACCUUUUGGAACUCGGCGAUGGCCAGAGACACUACGGCCUUCGGAUAUGCGUACGCAGAAACGAAUCCGAGUCUGGGAAUCCACAAGUUUGAGGAACAAGCUCGCCUCAUAGCAACUAUCAACAGACUAUACGGCUCAUCCAGCCCCUCAGGUCUGGCCCGGAAGCAACGGAGAGUAGCGUCCAAAAGAGAGGGGGGGCCGCUAUCCCAAGUUCGAAAGGGAACUACUUCAAAGCAUGUGCUAGACUUUUCACAAGACCCUGACCUUGAGACCAAAGUAGCGACUGAGGACGACAUGUACACCGAAUGGGUCGCCAAUAUUCAUGUUCAGAAUGGAGCAUUGAAUGGCUCGUUUGCAAUCCAUUUCUUCCUAGGUGAAGUUCCCGAAGAAGCCCCUUCUUGGGCAUCUGCACCGAAUCUCGUCGGAUCAAUGAGCGUAUUUGCGAUGAAGAACAUGGGUUCAGGCAAUCAUGUGUCCGGAACAGUUCCUCUGACAUCGGCCUUGAUGCACAUGGUCUGGGCGAGAACUAUCUCAGGGCUUGAACCCGAUGAGAUCCUUUUCCGAAGCUUCAGCCUUCCGUCACCCAGAACUGCCAACCUCAGUCGCGAGGUCUCGCAUCCAGUCGUCUUUGCAUUUGACGAAAGACACGCUCAACGCACGAACGCCGCCGCUAAAAUGAAACUCGUCAGAUUUUUGAUGAAAUGCGCCAAUGAGACGGUGACAAUCGAACUCAAGAAUGGCACCAUCGUUCACGGCACCAUCACCUCGGUCUCGCCGCAGAUGAACACGGCGCUGCGCACAGUCAAGAUGACACCGCGGGGCCAGGACGCCGUCUCGCUCGAUACCAUGAACAUCCGCGGCUCGACGAUCCGAUACUUUAUCCUGCCCGACUCGCUGCCUCUCGACACACUGCUCAUCGACGACCAACCGAAGCCCAAGAACAAGGCGCGCAAGGAGGCGGAGCGCGGCGGCCCCGUCCGCGGAGGAAGAGGCGGCCCCAGAGGAAGAGGCCGUGGUCGGGGACGCGGUCGCGGACGUGGUUGA